AUAUGUAGCAAGUUUACAAAUCGAUAAUAUAGAAAAUAAGAACGUAAACUCACGCAUAUGGUAACAUUUCGAGUAAUGGCUAAAACGUUUUGUACAUUAUUUGUCGGGUAAACCGUAUUGCAACCUUUACUGUAGUUCCCGAGUCGAAGCUGCUUUGUGAAGUGUACCCGCCAAGUGGAUUUCUUAACUGUUGAUGAAAAUCAGCAUUAGUGUGAUAAUUCUGAUCAUAGAGAGUUUGGUGAUUUGGCGGGAACGGGAAUAUGGAUCCUUCCACGUGGCAUUCGACCCGAUCGACCUACAGCGACUGAGGAUUCCGGAACUAUACAAAUGAUUAGGAAACUGAUAACAGUUAUGAUAGAAAUCAGCAAUUCUCUGUAUUCACAAUAGUAUAGCAACGUAUUUUAAACGGAACAUCCACCACAGGUCUGUCAAACCUGUAAAUGUGUUGCGUCCAUAGCUACAGUUUAUUUCCUCUUCAGACUCCCAGAAGAUAUUUCUAAAUGUUAGACACGUACCGAAGAAGCUUGUAUUCAGCAUGGCAGAGGACUCAGCGCGAAAAGCUACAACUGGCGACACGGAAGAAAAUUACCAAACGUACCUGCAUGACGUCCUCGCGGAUCUGGGUAUACAGCUGAGCCCCGGUGGCAUGGGAGUCGUGGAGAUCGACCGCUCGCUGUCUGGCGAUGAAGAUCCUGGCGGCGGCCUGUAUUUCGCCGAUUCUCCACCUGAGGCUACCGAAGGCAACAAACCUACGCAGAGGGAAAAUGCGGCGAAGAAAAGGAAGACAGUCAAGACCGACUCUAGGGCUUCCGAGACAUCUUGUGACAUCUCGACUGACGAAGACGCAGUGAAAUCACCUGUCUCGAGUGAGGAAUUCGCGGAGAAGCCUUCCACAUCCAACCGAUGCCCGGAGAGGAAAAGGAAGCGGAAAGCCUACGAGGUUGAUAAGCCCUUUCAGGAUCCGGAGCGCGAGCGGAAGAGAGUGAAUGCGAUCACAGCCAGGAGGAACAGGGAAAAGAAGAAGAAGGAAAUUGACAGCCUCCGCAGAGACGUCCGGAACCUUAGUCAUGUCAACCGCCAGUGCAACAAGGCGCUGAAGCGAACGAACGCAGACAUCCAGAAGCUCCAUGAACAGCUGGCGUCUUCGAGGAAGCUCGUCACCUCCCUGCAGGAAACGAUCGACCAGAAGGAGAAGGAGCUCCGAGGCCUCCGCGAGAAGUUCCUGCUGUUCCGCGGCCAUCUCGAGCUCAUCGUCAACAGUCUCGACGACGACAACCCGGCCAAGAAGCUGAUCGCUAGCCUACUGAAGACGUUGCCGGCGGAAGCUGAUGCCAUCUGAGAGACUUUCCCAUUAUCACGAUGCCAUAUUUCGAGAUGCCCUCAAUAUGGGUAUUAUGCUCGGGUGACGAUUCUCGACAUGUCCUUCGCUUCUUUGCCUUACUUCUCUUGCUCUGGCUGCUGCUGUCAUUCGCGUGUCCAAGCUCGAGAAGGAAGCGAAUUCUCUUGGUUAGAUAUCUUGGACAUAGAGGUCGACAAACUAAAACCUAAUUUAUAUAUAUAUAUAUAUAUAUAUAUAUAUAUAUAUAUAUGUAUGUAUAUGUAUAUUUAAUUGUCUAUAUAUG